AUGAAAAACAUUUAUUAUAGAAGAGUAUAAAAGAUAUGGAAUUGUUAGGACCCUGUUAAUCGUGAAUAAGAUUUCCUGGCUUAAUAUAGACAUGAUUAAAGGUAGAUUUAAUAGAAUUUAAAGUAUCAUUUUUCUGAUAUAGAAGUUAAAAGUGAAAUUUUUACUCACUAUCAAAGAAAGCAGAAUAGAAUAUUUAUAGAUUUAGAAUUGUAUUAAAAUGCUUUAGCCAUAAAUCCAUAGCAUGUUUAUUCAUUGUGGGGAAAAGGUAAAUUAAAUUUAAUUAAAUUUAAGGAGAUUGUCUAAGAAUGAUUGAUUAAUUUGAAUAAGCAUUAGAAUGGUACGAAAAAGCUUUAGCCAUAAAUCCGUAACAUGUUUAUUCUUUAUGGGGAAAAGGUUUAUGGAAUUAAAUUAUUUUAUUAGCCUUUACCUUAUUCAAAUUAAGGGAAUUUGAUGAUGCCUAUCAUAUUUUCAAGUUAGCAAAAUAGAUGUUACCUAAUUAAGAAUUUAUUGAUGCAUUUUUAGGUAUUUCACUUUAUUUAGUAAAUUAGAGUAAUUCACAAAUAUUUGA